CGGCUGUUCAAAAGCUGUGAAUAUCUCUAUUCAUUCCCUUGGAAAAAAGGUUAAUAAACUCUGAGAAUCGGGGAAUAUUUCUAUGUAAUAGCUCAGCCGUGGGAAGAGGGGGCAGGGCGUAAAGGUGGUGCUUUUUGCUGCAGAAAUAUGCUAGACACAGACCUGAAUUUCCUUCUAGGGAGGAUGAAGCUCAUGUUGUGUUCUGCGUACAGGAGAGCCAAGGAAAAGCAUGGAGGGGAAGGAAGGGGAGAGAUUAUUCUUGUGCAGAGUCUCUCUGAGUUACCCAACCAAAACCCCCGCCAGUGUGAUUCAGGUCUUUCUCCAAGCCAGUGGAGCAGGCACUAACUGCGGACAUGACUACCCCAGGGACUCACAUCUCCAGGCAGAGCUGGAAAUGAGGGCAAGAGAAUCCAUCAUGAACUUUUUCUGCUCUCACAGCUACACAGAAAGUCUCCUGCUCCCCUUGCUCCUGGCGGUGGCAGGACCCUGCUCCAUGGCUGCGGGUCACAUCAUGUGCUGGAGGACAGCCACACAGCGAGGCUCGCUGAGAGGACCGGGACACAGGCAGCGAUAACCUGCUACGAAGAGCUGCAUGCCAAGAAGCUGAGGUUUUUGGCAACCAGCUGAUCCCUUCCAGUAUGCCAUUGAAGAAAGCAACAGUGUUCCUAAACCUGGCAGCUUGCAAAGGCAAAGCCAGAAACCUUUUUGAAACAAAUGCUGCUCCAAUUUUGCACUUAUCUGGCUUGGAUGUAACUGUAGUUAAGACUGAUUAUGAGGGACAAGCAAAAAAGCUGCUGGAAUUGAUGGAAAACACAGAUCUGAUCAUUAUUGCAGGAGGAGAUGGCACAGUGCAAGAGGUCAUAACUGGGCUUCUCCGCAGAGCAGAUGAGGCUGCCUUCAGUAAGAUUCCUAUAGGAUUCAUACCUCUUGGAAAGACCUGCACCCUGAGCCAUACGCUCUACCCUGAGAGCACAAACCAAGUCGAACAUAUUACUAAUGCUACAUUGGCCAUUUUGAAGGGAGAGACGAUUCCACUUGAUGUCUUGCAGAUCAAGGGAGAAAAGGAACAGCCUGUGUUUGCAGUGACUGGUUUAAGAUGGGGAUCUUACAGAGAUGCAGGAGUUAAAGCUAGCAAGUACUGGUACCUUGGGCCUCUGAAAACCAAAGCAGCUCACUUCUUCAGUACAUUUAAGGAAUGGCCUCAGAAACAUCAGGCUGCUCUCAUGUAUCUGGGUCCAACUGAGAGACCUCCAGAAGAGCCAGAGGAGAAACCGUCCAGACCUCCAUUGUAUGUGAGGCUUUACAGACGGCUUCGGUUAUACUGGUCAUCUCCUUCAAAAGAAAUCCCCCAGGAGGUAGCCCCGGAGGACUGGGAAGAGCUGAAGCUGUCCACCGUUGAGCUUUCCAUUGCAACUCGGAACAGGCAGCUUGAUCUGACACGCACAGAAGACUUCAUGGAUAUUUGCAUUGAAGCGGAUACUGUCAGCAAAGGGCAGUUUGUAAGCAGAGGAAGUCAAAAGAUGCGUGACCCACAUACGUGCCCUGAAGGGAGUCAAUGUAUCCAAGCCAGCAGAUGCAUCUUGCAACUUCCAGAGGGCACUGAGGGAUCCUUUGGCAUUGAUAAUGAGGAGUAUGAAGCUAUGCCUGUGGAGGUGAAGCUAUUACCCCGGAAACUCCGGUUCAUCUGUGAUCCCAGAAUGAGAGAGCAGAUGCUCCAUGCAACAGUACAAUGAGAAUUCAUGUCAAAGGGGCCAUGUUUACCAGUCUUAUCGGGGUCUCUUCAAGGCACACAAGACCUUGCUAACUUAAUUACCCCCACCAGAUUAAUAAGUCUAUUUGUCUACAUAGUCAUUUGGCUGUUUUUAUGUGGGAGGUACUUCCAUUGGAAGUGGCUGAUGUGGCUGGUCUUAGAGGGGUAAAAAUGCAAAUGAAAAUUCUGAGAAAUGCAUGUUAACUUGAUGGCACCUUUUCUUUUUUUUCCCCAAAGAAGCCAUCAGCAGUCAUUUACAGCACUGCAGGCUGAGUGCUGUGUGCCAGAUGCUACUGCUUUAAUGCAAUUGUAUAUUAAAGUAAAAUGAAAGCACACUUGUCCUUGUUUUAAGAGGUGAAGUCUACUUUAGUUACCUGUGUAUAAAUCUUGCAAAACUUGGGAUCUUGGAAAAAUUAUUUUGGGGAGUAAUGCUAAGGAAGUCUAUGAAAUGUUGGAAUUGCUACAUUCAAACAGGUGAUUGGUUAUCUACUCUUGUCACAAAAUAAAUUGGAAAUUGAUUAGUGAUCCAGAGCUUCAGAGGAAGUUAAAAAAUCCCCCUGUGUACCUGGGUAAGAUAUGUUAUUUUUCUUCCAUCUUGCCAGAUACAACAGCACGGCAUUCCAGUUAAUAAUAUAGUAGAAAUCUAUUCCUCUGAUCAAGUUUAGCUACAUUACAGAGCAGCAAAUUGGAAAAUGUCAUCAUUGACCCAAAGCUGUAUGAAGUACAUGUUUUAACAAGCCAAAUGAGUCUUUUUUUUGUAAGUAUUCCUUUUAUUCCUGUAGUAGAAUAACACAAAUAAGGGCAUCCAAAUAACUUUUAUUGUUCAUUGUGUCUGGUUGCUAUUCUCUAAUGUAAACAGUGCUCACCACUCCUUACAGAGUCUACGUUCCCUUGAGUCUCAGUACUGUAAUUAGUUUUGUUGCUUUUCUGAGCUUUUGUUUAUAGCUUUGCUUUAAUUGCUGAAAGGAAAUAUUACUGACUUAGGCAAGGUUAUCUGUUGCCCUUCUUAUUAUAACUUACAAGUUUACAUGAUUCUGCCUUGCUUACUGGAAGAAGAAGAAAAAUGGAUUCUUACUUUUCUGAUGUGA